UCUGAUUGGAUAUCACACAGUGCCGGGCGGGUUUGCCUGUUCGUCAUGUUUCAUUCAUGGCGUCUUUGAAAGUUGCUGGAUUUUAAAACACUUUUUUUUCUUGGUUUGUUAGUUUAUCGUGUCUCUGAGAGUGAGUGCCCUUCAGACUGAUACAGCUUCUCUCUUCGCGGGCUCGUCGUCCUGCUGACACGCCGUUAGCUGGACAGGAAAGUCCUCUGGUUGAGCCAUCCUGGAUUCUGCCGGACCCGUCAGCAGUCCUGCUCCUGCAGGAAAAACUUCCAACAUAUGUGUAAAAGGAAAGCAUGACAUGGAGUCUCAGAGUCCUGGUCUUCAUCUGUGCGUUUUUUCUUGUGAAAAGCUCUCCAACCUUCUACAAUGCCAAGGAGAACGACAACAUCACCAUCAAAUGGGACAGCCAGAUCAAAACCGACAUGACCCAUACCAACAUGAAUUUUCUUCUCCUGUCAGACCCUCCAAAGCUUUUGUAUGAAAUGAUAAGGGGAAAUGACACUGUAGAGAUGCCACAUCAGCAGUUUGUGGGCCGAGUUCAGUGCGAUAAAGAUGCUCUCAGAGAAGGACGAAUCAGGCUUCAUCUGUUCAGAGUCCGAACCGAAGACUCUGGAAACUACACUUUUGAUCUGGCUGCUAAUUAUGACAGGACCAUGAGAAAAUGGGUACUUGAGAUGUCUGAGCUUUUUGUCUUGAAUAUAACUCAAAGUUCUGAUGGAGUAAACCCUGGCCUCUCUGGCAACACACCUGCAAAUUCUGCAGAUGCUAAAGACCAACCAGGAGGACCAGAACAAGGACACAGAUGGAGUAACUGGGUCAUAACUGGAGGAGUUCUUGCAGUUAUAUUUGUUUUAGUUGUGUUUUGUGCUGUGUAUAAAGUACUAAGAUUCAAAAUUUGCACAUGUAUAACACUGAAUAACAUUGUGAUUUUUCUUACUUUUGGAAAGUAAUUUAUUACAUUUUCUGUAGUUCUGCUGAAAUGUUCUGAAUCUGUUUAUGUCCUGGGUGUUUUAUUGGUUUCUCGUGGUGCUCCUACAGUUUAAAUUAUGGAUGGACUUGACAUUUACUCUGUUGACCAAACAAAGCAUCAAAUCAUCAGGUCUGAGUCCUCUCUACCACUUGGUUUGGGAUUGUAAUGCCACAAUGAAGUGUUUCUUAUCCUAAUACAUGUGGAGUUCUCCAAGGUUCCAUCCUGGGGUCUCUUCUGUUUAACAUCUACAUGUUCCCACUGGCACAGGUCAUAAAGAAAAACAAAUUUAGUUACCAUAGUUACCAAGUUAAAGACACACCUGUUCUCUGCUGCAUUUCAAUAGUUUUUAUUUAGACUCCAGAUCUGCAUCUGGU